AUUGUGGUUAUAAGUCAAGAACUACCUGUAGAGGAAUUUGGGCCUCUUCCAUCCAGGUGCUUCUUUUGCUUCACAGGAGUAUGAUAUACUUGACCUGGCAUAGGAGGAGCCUGUCAGAGAGUUCAAAUGGGCAAUGGAAUCAAGCCAUUUGCUGGAUUGAAUAAUUUUGCCUCUAAGAAGACACCUUGACCUUGAAGAUGGUGAGUAGCCAGCCAAAAUACGAUCUAAUAAGAGAGGUUGGUCAUGGCAGCUAUGGUGUGGUAUAUGAAGCAGUAGUAAGGAAAACCUCUGCACGUGUUGCGGUGAAGAAAAUUCGGUGUCAUGCUCCAGAGAACGUCGAACUAGCCUUGCGUGAGUUCUGGGCACUUAGUAGUAUUAAAAGCCAACAUCCAAAUGUAAUCCACUUGGAAGAAUGCAUAUUGCAAAAAGACGGCAUGGUUCAGAAGAUGUCCCAUGGUUCCAGCUCUUCGCUUUAUUUACAGCUUGUAGAGACCUCCUUGAAAGGUGAAAUUGCCUUUGACCCCAGAAGUGCCUACUAUCUUUGGUUUGUGAUGGAUUUUUGUGAUGGAGGUGAUAUGAAUGAAUAUCUCCUAUCCCGAAAGCCCAGCCGUAAGACCAACACUAGUUUUAUGCUUCAGCUCAGCAGCGCCCUGGCUUUUCUGCACAAAAAUCAGAUCAUUCACCGUGACCUCAAGCCUGACAACAUCUUGAUCUCUCAAAGCAGGAUGGAUGCUAGUGACUUGGAACCCACUUUGAAAGUAGCUGACUUUGGCCUAAGCAAAGUUUGUUCAGCAUCAGGACAAAAUCCCGAAGAGCCUGUGAAUGUAAAUAAAUGUUUUCUGUCUACAGCUUGUGGCACAGACUUCUACAUGGCUCCUGAGGUUUGGGAAGGUCACUACACUGCCAAAGCAGAUAUUUUUGCAUUGGGGAUUAUAAUCUGGGCAAUGUUAGAAAGAAUCACUUUCGUAGACACAGAGACAAAGAAAGAACUCCUGGGCAGUUACGUGAAACAAGGGACUGUGAUUGUACCUGUUGGAGAGGCAUUGCUGGAAAAUCCGAAAAUGGAACUACUCAUACCUGUUAAGAAAAAGAAAAUGAAUGCUCGCAUGAAACAGCUGAUUAAGGAAAUGCUUGCUGCUAAUCCACAAGACCGGCCAGAUGCUUUUGAACUAGAACUCCGGUUAGUCAAAAUUGCUUUUAAAGACAGCAGUUGGGACACGUGACUUCUGAAGUACUUUGCCUUUGUGGCAGAAAUGUGUGUAACAAUGGUGCAGCAUUUUAAAGAAGCAAAAACCAGACUAAUCAACAUUUCAAGCGUCAGGGUUCCAUAUGUUUUCCCCAUUGCAUUUCUCUUUAUUUUUAUACGCUAAGCAAAAGGUUGCUCUUCUUGUUUCAGUAUCCAAACAUGUAUGUUCCCAAGCUACAUCUGUAAAAAGCUUUCCAACUUGUCAGGAAAAUUAACAAGUUAGGCAAUGGUUUUAUAGGAAUACUUUAUGGAAUAUUUCAAACAUUCCAAUUUCUUACUGCGGAAUCUUGAAUGCCCUUGAAGGAGAAGACUUGCAUGCUGGUAAUGCAAAUCAUCUAUCAACUUUGUAGAGUAGAUGUGUAUAUAUUUAUGUCACAAUGUGUGAUGUAACCCCUUCCAAUAUGGAAAAGAUACGUCCCAAAUUUAUAGAAUCCAUAGAAUUGAAUGACUGUGACACAUUCUUUGAUGCCCCAGCUUCUGUAUCCAUUCCCUUUUCUUCCCCUUAAAACAAUGUGAUGACACAAAAUGAGGUCUACACUAUGAUGCACAAGGAACCUCUGAUUCAAGCACUGUAGGGAGAAUCUUAAUUUGGAAGGUUGUAUUAAAUAAGCUGACGGCUUAUUCCAGUUGAGGUGCCAACACUUUGUCGUGAUUCCGUACAUUUAGUUACCUUUUUUCAAGGAUAACCAAAUGAUUAUUUGAUAGAUCCAGAGUUACUGGUCACAGCUAUAUUUUGUAUUUGAUAUUAAUUCUUAUUUUAAUUUGGGAUUUUUAAAAAACAGAAUAUUUAAAUCUUCAACUAUGAUUCCCUCAAGAUUUAGUUUGUUGUUUGGCAGAGAUUUAUUACCUCUGUUCCCCAUACAGUUUGGGUGAAAAUUAGAGAAUAGUGGGCACUGUUUUCUUAACACACAUACAGAAAGCGGUGUGUGUAAUUAGUUCAACCAGAAGCCUAAAUGUUCAUUCCACUAUCAUUGUGCCCCACUGAUGUGACAUUACUACUAUUGCCCAUUGUACUGGAUCAUAACUGGAGUCUGUACUGCUAGAGUGAAUCUCUCCCUCUCUUUGUUUUCAUCUGAAGCACUCAGCAACCUGCUUCUCUCCAGGUUACUGGUUCACAGGUUUGCAGCAUCUGUUCAUACAUACAGUUCAAAAGAAUUGCAAACCUCGUACGAUAAGCAAAUGAAAACUCAGUUUAUGAGUAUAAAUACUGUUAGAUAAAUUUCAUGAGAGGGAAUAGUGCAGUAUAUGUCUUCAUGUCAAAAAAAAAUGUCAAAAACAUUUUAUUGUACAGGUAGAAACUAUCCUGGUGCCAUCAGCUACAGCACAGAAACCAGAAAGCCCUUUGUUUUCUUAAGAGAAGCACUGUAGACAUUAUGUUUUAAAAUCCUUGUUUGAUGUACCUAGAAUCUGAAAAGUAGAUAAGAAAAGGUAUUUGUUUACUCCUUAGCUGCUAUGUCCACAUUAAACAAGGGGACAUUCAAGGGGAUAUAUUUCUAAAACUUGAAAAAUACAUGGUGGGUUUUGUUUUGUUUUUUGCUCAGUGUAGUUAUCAGUCAUGUAAUAUAAUCCUUUACUUGCUAAUAGUAAGCAAGUCUCACAGAGUUCAGUGAGGUAAGUAUGCAUAGGAUUGUUACUUUAAUAGUUGAUGCAAUUUUGGAAAAAAAAAUCAAAUUAUUCUCUCCCCCCCCCCUAAAAUAACAAACAAAAAUGUCACAUUAACACAGAGAUCUAUUUUAAGAGAAUUUCAACUAGGGUAGCAUAUGUCCGGCUUGCAGUGCUAAAUUGUUUUAGCUGAGGAUCCAGGUAAUGUUCUUCCUUUAACUGAGAGGAUAAGAUAAGGGCUUGACUUAUAUACAUUUAGAAUAUCAAUGUUUCAAAGUAAGCAAACAUCUUCAUUCUUUAAAGCACCAUUUGUGCCUUUAGAGAAGAUUGCAUUGCACAUAGGAUGACACCUCAGUGGUUAUCCUGUGCUUAAUGAUAUUGUGUAUCCCAUCAGCUGAACAGUUAUAUAAUAUUUGUGUCAAACAAAAAGAAUACAAGUGCAGGAUCUUGACAGUCCUUAUGUAUUAGAAAAACCAGCAACUCUCAACCACGUAUGUCCUAUCUAAUUACUCCAUAGAGUUUCUUGGCACUUAACAAGCCUUUCAGAUUUUUGGAUAUACUAUUUGGUGUACUUUUUAGUGCAGUGCAGAAGCUACAAACAGAGCAAAUUAUAUAUUGCCCAGUAACACAGUUAAUGUUAAAAGUGCCCUUGUUUCUUAUUUUUAAAAAUUGGGAAAACUUCCCUGGUCAUUUCUGUUCAUGGUGCUUAGUAUGUUGGCAUUGAAUGUCAACGAUUGUUCCAUUUAUUACCUGCUGAAUAAUUGUCCCUUAAAAUCUCUGUGUGUGAUUUUUGUUGUUGCUUGUGUUUGGUUUGAUUUCCUGUAAAAUCUUUAAAACCAAUUGUAGCAGUCACAGAACAAUCCACCAGCGUAACAUAAAAUAAAAAAAUAACUCAUCAGCACUUCAAAAGAGAAAGCAGUUUCAAAGCUUUCUCUUAUAAAUUGUAAAUUUUAUUUUGUGAAAAAUUUAUUAAGGGGGGAAAUUAUUGUGUAAUUUAUUGAGUUAAUGACUUUUUUUAAAAAAAUAAAUAAAAGUCUGAAUUGGUC